GCACUGUGCAAAGGCACUCUAAUGACUCACGCAUUUUUCCUCUGUCCUCCGUUUUUUCUGUGUGUAGUCGACGUCGGUUCGGAAGUACGCCAUCGCGUCGCCCCAUUGAAAAAGUGUCAGGGUUUUCGCGAACAGUGCACGGUUUGCGUGAAAGGAUCGUGCGUGAUUCUGCUGCACCCGAGUUUGAGUGGUUGGCCGGAGCAGUUCUGCUUCUUCUUCGCUCGUGUGUAUCGUACUUAUCCAAUCGUUCACCAUCACACACACACAUCAUCAGAAGAAGAAGCAAACGGCAAAUCUGGACCACACAAAUGCAGUAUUAAUUGCGAAUGGUUUUCAAGCGAACUGUCAUUACCUUGUACAAUGGUUUCAUUGCGUUUGCGAGCGUGCCUGAGAAUGAAAAGAGUAGUUCGUUACUAGGAAAGCAGAGCCGUAGUGUGUUGCAACGUGCAGUUAAAAGUGAUAACGGGGUAUUAAAAUGAAUGCAGCAAUCGUUGCAGUUUGAAGUGAAAUAAAUAAAGUAAGAAACAACACACAGUGAUCGAGUGUGUGUGUGUGUCUCUGUGUGUGAUCGCGCGCUUGAGUGUGUGUCUGUGUGUGUGUGGGGGGAGGGUUUGUGUGUGAAUCCGCGUACUGGAUCGUUUCACUGCAAUAAUAGUAAGCAGAAGCAAAGCCUCUGCUCUGUUUAUAAUAAUAGUGGAUAGUUUAGUAGUGUAACGCGAGGCACCACCCCAAGUCAGACGCGAGAAAAGUGUAGCAGGAUCGUUUCUUUUUCUUCUAUUAAUUUUCACCUCUCGCCUUGCAUAUCGAAGGGCCAUAUAAAUAUUAUGAAAAGUAAAACUAUGAUUUAAUCAGCGUGUUGCGAGCUGCAAGAUUUGACCGACGAGUGUCCCUAGUGUAUUAGUAGGUAUGAUUUUGUGUUAACGCGUUGUCGCAUAAAAGUGCCGACAAAGCGACGGAGAUCGAAACAGCACGCUGGCUGAAAGGAAAAUCAUACAACAAGUGGCAAGUGUGUGAAAACCAUUGAUAAAUGUAGGUGUUUCCUGUGGAAAAAAUACGACACGAAAAAAGUGUGUAAUUCGCCCAGCCCGACGCAGCAUUCAUUUCCUCGUCACAUCCUCCUAAUCGCAAGCGAGGAGAUCGAUACGCCGUGUCACUCGCCCUGCGCCCUGUUGGAGUGUGUAUGUGUGUAUCGAAGUCAAUCGAAGAAGCCUUGGGCAGCCUUAGCAUCAUUGUUGCAUCCGUCAGCUAAUGUGCGAGUCGCUCGGUGUUGUUGUGAGGCAUACCGUGCAUAAUCACAGCGGUGAUUAUAAGUCUGUUCUAACCUGAUCGAUCUGCAUCUGCCGUUUCUUUCGAUGACAGCUGUUCGCUGAAAGGUUCCAUCAAAGCCCGGAAAGUGUUAGACCGCGUGUACAGUGAAGACGAAACGGGAAGCGCACAUCUCACUAGCGUGUAUGUCGUGAAAGUGAACCUUCCGAAGAAAGGCCCAGUUUAAUACUCGGUGUCGUGGCGAAUCUGCUCGGGAGCUACUACAUACAAAAAGGCACUGUAUUAAUCGACACAAUAAAGAUCCAUCCCUCCACACGCAGCAGAGACCAGUCUUUCUGUGUCAGAUUUUGUUGUGCCCUGACAGCGAGGCAAAAGCGCGAAUAAGGCAGGAGAAGCAACUAGAGCGAGGGCGAGCCUCUCUAGUACUAUACAUACACCAGAUUGAAACAGAAAGGGCACAAAACUGCAUCCUGCCGAUCAAACCAUGUCGUCUGGAACGUUCGUAGAUCGAAUCGAUCCGUUCGCCAAACGUUCGCUCAAGAAGAAAAGCAAAAAAUCUCAGGGCUCAUCGCGGUACAGGAAUUCACAGGAUGUGGAGCUGCAACAGUUACCCCCACUCAAAGUUGAUUGUUCCAGUUUAGAACAGGAGGAGCUGUUCAUUCGCAAGCUACGACAAUGCUGCGUGUCGUUCGAUUUUAUGGAUCCCCUCUCGGACCUGAAGGGAAAGGAAAUCAAGCGAGCAGCCCUAAACGAUCUUUCAGCCUACAUCACACACGGCCGUGGCGUACUGACGGAAAAUGUCUAUCCGGAGAUUAUCAAAAUGAUAUCGGUAAAUUUAUUUCGUACCCUGCCGCCCAGCGAAAAUCCUGACUUUGAUCCGGAGGAGGACGAUCCCACCUUAGAAGCUUCCUGGCCCCAUCUGCAGCUAGUGUACGAAGUAUUUCUUCGGUUUCUCGAAUCAGCCGACUUCCAAGCGACGUUCGGAAAGAAAGUGAUCGACCAGAAGUUUGUACUACAGCUAUUGGAACUGUUCGACUCCGAAGAUCCGCGAGAGCGUGACUUUCUAAAAACUGUGCUGCAUCGUAUAUAUGGAAAAUUUCUAGGAUUACGUGCGUUUAUUCGUAAGCAAAUUAAUAAUAUAUUCCUACGUUUUAUAUACGAAACGGAACAUUUCAAUGGCGUCGGCGAGUUGCUGGAAAUUUUGGGAAGCAUAAUCAAUGGAUUCGCUCUGCCGUUGAAGGCGGAACACAAGCAGUUUCUGGUGAAGGUUCUGUUGCCAUUACACAAGGUGAAAGUGCUGUCCCUCUACCAUGCCCAGCUCGCUUACUGCGUGGUGCAGUUCCUCGAGAAGGAUGCCUCGUUGACGGAACCGGUCGUGCGGGGUUUACUAAAAUUCUGGCCAAAGACGUGCUCGCAGAAGGAGGUGAUGUUUCUUGGCGAAAUCGAAGAAAUAUUGGACGUGAUCGAGCCACCGCAGUUCGUUAAAAUACAGGAACCGCUGUUUCGACAGAUCGCCAAGUGCGUGUCCAGUCCACACUUUCAGGUCGCCGAGCGAGCACUCUACUUCUGGAAUAACGAGUACGCAAUGUCAUUGAUCGAGGACAACAAUGCCGUUAUAAUGCCAAUUAUGUUCCCGGCACUCUACCGGAUCAGCAAAGAACACUGGAACCAGACAAUCGUUGCUCUAGUGUACAAUGUGCUGAAAACAUUCAUGGAAAUGAACUCGAAGUUGUUUGACGAGCUAACAGCCAGCUACAAAGCAGAGCGGCAAAAAGAGAAGCGGCGAGAGCGGGAGCGGGAAGAGCUGUGGAAGCGACUGAACGAGUUGGAAAUAUCGUCCCGUGCGCCAAACAAGGAUCAAAAUCUGCUCACCAAUCAAUCGGCAGGGGGACUAAUACAGGACGCCAAUUCGCUCGGCGCUGGCGGCGCACAGCUAAAUCCAAACCAGCUUUCAUCGCCCACCGCUACAUCCACAUCAUCCUCGUCGCCCUCGUCGGCAAACUCGACUGGCAAUAACAAUAAUAGCACCGCCUCCGGCAUCGGAACCGCUCAGCCACCGGGAUCGUCCGGUGCCGGGUCGGCGCUUUCCGGCGCCGCAUCUCAGCAGAAUGCUUCGGCGGUCGAUGCGGCUACCGCAUUAAACAAGUGAUGUACUGAAUAAUAUUUUUUCUAAAGUCGCUUUCUUCUUCACAGAGAAGGAGCAAACCAUGCGUAACAUGCUACAUACCUACAUAAAACCCACGCCCACAUCCAUCCUCACAAACCAGCUAACACUAGUGUACGUACACACAUCAAUACACAAACACACUGACACGAACACGCUAAACAAUGCGCUCGCAUACAUAUACACAAAUGCAUUAUAUGAUAGGGUUCACUCAAAGUGUAAUGACAUCUUUGUCACCACCAUGCGGGAUGCGGGAGGUUUGUUAGGCGAUCCUUCAACCGAAAGCGUUUGAUACAUGGAAACGUGAUCUAUCGUCCUCACACCACUUACGCCUGCAUGUCCUUUUCGCUGUAGGAAAAGUCGACUAAAUCAUGAUUGUUAAUAUAUAUACGCUUGGGGGAGGAGAAGGUAAAGGAGAGGGCAGCAGAAAGUGUUGAGAAAAACGAUUGAGAAAAAAAAACAAUACAGUACUGCAGAUAGUAUAUCUUUGAGCAAGUGUCGUUUGUAUGUGAAGAACAGCAGAGCAGUGAUUGGCUAAUUACGUAUGAAAUAGAUUACAACAAAAGCAUUGAAAUAAUGUCUGUCUGUGGCAAGCAUUUGGAUUGCGCAAAGCGAAUUUAAAGCUUCCUGUCAAGACUACUCUGUUCGUUUCGAUCAAAUGUCCUAAAAGGAGCGUCUCACCAUCAUCCGUAGAGGGUAUGUGCAGCAUUUUGUAUGUUUUGAAGCAAGUAGUUGACGACAUGUUCAACAACACAGCGCAUACAUGCUUUUUGUGAGUGCCUGUGGAUGUCUCUAUGCGAGGAUUUUGUUUUCUUACGCCUCUAUCUGCCUGUAAACUACUUAUUGUGUUGCUAUAACAAGACAUUAAAGAACUCUAACAGCAUGCGUGAUGCAAAUAUGUUACGUACAUAUCUCGACAGCAAAAGGGUACUCGGUAAUAUGAUGAAUUGUGAAAGUAAGGUUAUUAGUAGUUUGUUGUUUUUAUAUAUAUAUUAUGCCACACAUCCACGCAUCGUUGACAGGAAUUAUUUUUUUCUUUUACGUAUUUCUCUUUAAAAAGCUUGUCCAUGGUUAUGACGGCGUUGUUAAUGCCAAAAAGUAUCAGCACAUGACGCUGAUAAACAAAAUAAAAACACAAACGCGUGUCGGCAUCAAACUGUUUUCGUCCUUAAUAGCUUUUUCAUCCAGUGUGAACAUUCGCCUUUUUUAAAGUUACCGCUUAAAUACUGGUAAUUGUGGCGCAAACUUCAAUCCAAGAAAGAGCUCACAUACAGCAAAAAUAUGUGUUACAUUUUGUUUUAUCGAACCAUGCAUAGCUCCAUGAUCGUCUCCGGGUUUAUAGCGACACGGCAACCGCAACCAUCAUAAGAAGAGGAAAGACGGUUUAUGCGUUCAUUUGCGAAACUAGACAAUGAACUAAGGACGUACUGAGCGUGACUUCUCAAAGAUAUAAUGCAUUCACCACUACACCUCACACUCACAAACACAUACACUACCUACCAUUCAUCUCACAUUGUGGCACUUAAGAAAGAGAUACACUAGCAUAACAAUAUCAUCUAAUGCGUGCAGGUAUCAUCGCUUUGGCGGCUACGGCAGCAGCAGUCGAAUAGGCAUUAGAAAGCGGUAGUGGUUACGGUGGGCGAGUAAAGGGGUAAAAAGAAGCGCGAAAUAAUUCAAUCCAUGGUAAAUAAAAAUGGAAACAGUAAACUAAUACUUCAGGAAAGCGGGCGAUCCAGUGCACGAUCGCCAGUGAAUCGAUCAGGUUCAAUAAAACGAGAGGAUAAAUUUAAAGAAGAAAUUAAACAAAACAAAAAACACAAACCCAAUACCGUUUCCCAUCAUCAUGAUCCCCUCUUGUACUUUUUUCACUUUGAUAAGCAAACACAAGGCCCACAUACAACAAACACACAUACACAUACACAAACACACUUAUAUAUAAUAAACACCUAACAGAGAAGAUAGAAAAAGGAAACAAUAUUACUGGAAAAAGGCAUGCUUAAUAUUGUAGAUUUAUUAACAGUACUAAAAUGGAGUAAAGAAAGAAGAAGUUUGAGGCAAAUGAUGAUAUGCGUCAAACAUACAUAGAAUCAUACACACACAAACACACACACAAAACAAAACAUUCACACACAUGCAUAUAUACACUAAUAGGGUGAAAAGCGCGAAGGGCAACACGUGCAACAUAGUAGAAAAAAAAACUAAACAAGCAAAAUCCCAAAUGCUGCAGUAAACACGUCUAAUUAAUGAGUAAUGUAAAACAAAAAAGGAAAAGAAAACCCAUCAUCUUGAAUAUAAAUGUAAUCACGAUGAUGAUUAUAACAAAGCGAAUCAAUGCAGAAAAAAAUAUAGCCGAUCUAUAGAAGAGAAGAAAAACAAAUUGCACGAUAAGAGCAAAAGGAGGUAGAUAUGUUGUGAAGAGCUGCAAUGCGUGAAUUAAAACACACGCAUUCUCGUGCAUUGAAAAACAUUGUGCGCGCAUUGCUAAAAAAAAACAAGAUGUAUUUGUUGUAGUUAUAUGAAAAAUUAUAAUAUUAAUUACUAUUACAACCGCGGAGGAGACAAGAAAACGAAGCAAAAAUAUACACAGAAUAAGGAAAAGGAUGAUGAAAACAUCCCUAUAUUAUGCUCCGCUGCUGGUGGUGUGUAUUUGUGAACAGAACCCAAGACCAGGACACUAAAGAGCACCAAACCUCCCCUCCAACCCCCACACCCCAACCCCCCCCCCCCCUCCUACACAGGCGCGCUAUAAUAUGGCAGGAGAACUAACCGAAAUCCGCGUAGCCAAAUCUGCGGGCUUGCAUGGUCAAACGCGCAUUAGGACGAGGAGUUCUGUAGCUGAACACACUGUGUAUGUACGAUAGAGAAGUAGAAAAGGAAGGAAGGUAGGUGUGAUUUUCGCUGUUUUGUUUACACAUUUGCAUGAGUUUAAACCGAGUAAAACUUUACUCCCACUGGGGAAAGCGAGCGGUGAGGGGUAGAGAGCGUUCGUUCAAGAAGCUGCUUUUUCGUAAGGAUCGAGCGAUCGAAAGAGGUGGGAAACUCUAUUAGCACCGGGAGUGUUGCUCUUCCUCCGUCGUUCCUGCGAACAGGACGGCGGCGGGGAUGGCAUCGGUGCGCGAUUGGGGGAGCCUCCUCACGCGCGUGUGUCCAACUGUGUGUGGUCGUGUUUUUUCAAUGGUGAAUGGUUAGAUAACUACAAAACAAAGAAACAAUGUUUCUUAUCCAACCCCCUUGAACCGUUGUUGUUAACCGUUCUUUAGCAAUGGGGAUGAGUGGGAAUGUAGUCGAAGUAGAAGCAACAAAAUCCCCUUUAUCCAUAGGCACCCUCAUUCACCCUCACAUGCAGUGCUGCUGUGUACACGUUAUAAAUAAACAAGCGAUAGCGAAAUAACAAACAAAAACAAAAUUAUCGACAGAAGAUCACUUUAUCAGCAAACAGAAUGAUAUACGCGCGGACACACUCACAUACAUUACCAUUAAAAAAAGCUAAAAUUCGCCCACACGGCAACUGUGGACAAAAAGUACUAAAAAAUAUCAAACAUCAGAUUUAGACGUGGCAUAUUAUACUAACACGAUUAUAAAAUAAGUGCCGUAUCGUGUCGCAUUAAAAAAAAAGGACGAGGAGGAUGAUCGAGAUUUAACUGAAAAGUAACAAAUAGCAGCGCAGCAACAAAAAAAGAUGAAAAAGAUUCCUUUGUAUGGUAACAAUAAUCGUAUUCUAAUGAUUCUUUUCCGCAUUUCGAAAAGCGGAUGGAGUUGAAAGAAAGCAAACAUGAAACGAACGACAGCUCUGUUGCGUAUGUUACAGAUUAAUGAUCGGUUUUCCUCAUCCUGUUACAUUGGAAAUUGUGUUGACCUUCUUUGAAAUUCCUACGAUAAUUUUAUUCGUCCUUACGGCUUGCUUUCGGUACUCUCAACCUCCUUGACUGCCAAUCGUCUGGCAGACUGGCUUCGGCUAAGUAAAAUGUUCAUUUCCUAGCGCGUGUAUGGCGAUAUCUAUCUGUCCAGAGAAUAAAAAUCGCUGUCUUCUGUCACCCACCUAAAAAAAUUGUAAAUGAUUUGUCUGAAUUAGUGUCUGUGCAUAUUUAUAGCUUGUUUCGUCGAAACUUUUGCUUGGGGAAGCUAAUAGAGAUAAUUCCCGUGGGCGCUCCAAAGGCAGCAUACGUGUUGGAAAGUGGCUUAACUAAUUCUUUAAAAGUUUGUUUCUUGUUUCUAAUUUUAGUCACAGCAAGCAUCAAGUCCAUUCUUUGCAAAGGGAUUACAUAUUGGUUUUCUUCCAUAAAUCGUAGAUAUAUGCCUAUACAUACGCACGUGGUUAUGAAUAGGUCGUAACCGUGUCCUUGAGCGAAUAAUUCUUUGGUCCUUGGAGCACAAGAACCAACCCACACAUGAUUGAAUUUUGUUACGUGUAAUCCGUAAAAGUUAGUACAUUAAAGCCAGGUGGUCAGAUCAGCAGAGUUCGGUAUGAACGAAUUAUAACAAAUCAUUAUAGACACACAAACACACACACACACACACUCGCACACAUACACCACAGCCCUGCUAACAGCGUUAAACAUAUUAUGAUUAGCGGCAAAUGAUAAACAACUAAAACGUGAUACUAAAGAACACUCACCGUUCACCCCGCGAGAGCAAAGCAAAUUCCAAGCAAAAAUCACACCCUCCCAUAGGAAUCACAUUUAAACAGCAUAAACAGUACUCCCCCUAAACAAAAAAAACGAGAAGAAAUAAACAACAACAAAGAAAUGUGAAAGAGAAAAGGAAGCUAUAAGUACCGAGAAUAGUAGACAAAACAAAACAAAAAAACACGCAAAUGUGUCAGCGAUAUAAUGGCGUGUGUAGAACGAACGAGACGCCAUGUGCUGUUAAACUAAAGUGUCCCCGUACACACGUGUAGAGAAUCGCAAUGGAAAAAAGCUUGAAAAACAAAAGUGUUAGUAGGUGUAAAAUGAAUAAAAGAAGCAAAUGAAAGAAGAA